CCAAAAACAACGCAAUCUUUGAGAGAGAACAUUUGGAGUUUGAAUCCGUAAGAGAGAACUUGCCGAAGAAUUUGUAAAAACAGAGAAAGAAAUUACAAAUGGUGGCAGCCAAGAUGACGAACGCCAUGGAAGUAGCGAAGGAGGAAGCUCCGGAGGAGAAUCACCGUAGCUCCCACAUUCAUUCUUCUUCUCUGGCCGUCCACCACUCUCUUCCUCUUUCCGAUAUGAAACCCCGCAUCGUAGAGCUGUUCAAGGAUUUGUUCAAGAACUGGUCAAAAUUAGACGAUUCCCACUUCUCUGUCCAGACAGUAGCCGGUGGAAUCACCAAUCUCUUACUUAAGGUAUCUGUAAGAGAAGAAAAUGGGGAUGUUGUGGAUAUGACGGUUAGAUUGUAUGGUCCCAAUACUGAAUUUGUCAUUGAUCGUGAACGGGAGCUGCAGGCUAUUCAAUACCUCUCGGCUGCAGGAUUUGGAGCCAAGUUGCUUGGAGUUUUCACUAAUGGCAUGGUGCAAUCAUUUAUAAAUGCACGUACCCUAACCCCAUCGGACAUGAGAAAGCCGAAGAUAGCAGCCGAAAUUGCGAAGCAGCUUCGUGCAUUUCAUAAAGUGGAAGUUCCUGGUUCCAAAGAACCUCAACUGUGGAAUGACAUGUUCAAGUUUUUCGAAAAAGCAUCCACUCUUGAGUUUGAUGAUAGUGAGAAGCAGCAGAAGUAUGAGACAAUUUCAUUUAAAGGGGUUCAUACUGAAAUCAUUGAGCUCAAGGAAUUGACAGACCGCCUUAACUCCCCGGUGGUGUUUUCUCACAAUGACUUACUUUCUGGGAACUUGAUGCUCAAUGACGAUGAAGAUAAACUUUACUUCAUCGAUUUUGAGUAUGGAUCGUACAGUUACAGAGGUUUUGACAUUGGAAAUCACUUCAGUGAAUAUGCUGGCUAUGAUUGUGACUACAGCUUAUACCCAAGUAAGGAUGAACAGUUUCAUUUCUUCAGGCACUAUUUAGAACCUGACAGGCCAUAUGAGGUACGUGGGAAUGGCAAACUCAUUGCUUAUGUCUUUACAAUGGGGUUUCAAUUUGAUAAUCCCCUUUGUGAGCUGUCAUCCCAUCUACUUGACCAAGCCCAUGCAUGUGCACCUAUUACCCGCAAAGGGAUCUACCUGAAGGCUUGUUUCUUGAAGGUAUCUGACAAAGAUCUUGAAGCUCUUUAUGCUGAGACAAAUGCAUACAUGUUAGCUUCACACUUGUAUUGGGCUCUGUGGGCAUUAAUCCAGGCAAAAAUGUCUCCAAUCGAUUUUGAUUAUCUCCGUUAUUUCUUUCUGCGAUAUGAUGAAUUCAAAAAGCAGAAGGAGAAGUGCUUGUUGUUGGCGCAGUCAUACACGUCGGGCUGAAAUCUAUCCUUCAAAUGCAACACUAGUAGCACACUUGCAUGUUGUGAAUUUGUUGGGAGACCUUUGUGACUUCUCCAAUUGAUAUAUUGUAAAAUAUUCUUUUGCAGCCAUUAGGAGAAAGUAAGGAAAACAAAUUUUGAAAAAUAACGGCGUUUCUUAUGCUCUGUUGUAAUCCUGAUACUAACAUGUGAUAAUAAUACACCUUGGUGUUUCUUG